AUGGACACCCCUAUAGUAGCCGUAAUCACUGGCUCCAGCCGUGGCAUCGGGCGUACCAUCUGUGCUGCACUAGUUCAACAAUUCUCAGGCCCCCUAGUUCUAUAUGCAGCCUCUCGUACUGGAACUUCUCUAGAUCUGACUGGCCUAAGUAUUCCUCCAGCCGUCAAGAUUUACCCUGCUCGAUUAUCACUCACGGACCAAGGCAGUAUCGCAGCCCUCAGUUCCAGAGUCAGAAAAGAGCACAAUCACUGUGACAUUCUCAUCAACAAUGCCGGUCUAUACUAUUUCCAGAAAGACAUCACCGCUGCACAGCGUCAGGAAACUCUCGAUGUGAACUAUCGUGGUACCCUCAAUGUCUGUCAAGCCUUCUUACCAAUAAUGCGAAAGAAUGGUCGCAUCGUCAACGUCUCAUCCCAAUCUGGCCAACUCAAAUACUUUGGUCCUCACUUGCAGACGCGAUUCAUGAAACCCGACCUCUCACUUACCGAGUUAGACUCUCUAGUCAGCGAGUACAGCCGAGCAGCAGACGAGCAAACCCUGACCGCUGCAGGCUGGCCUCCCUUGGCGUAUUUUACUAGCAAGGCGGCCCUGAACGCCGCCACACGGAUUCUGGCCCGCGAAAACCCUCAUCUACUGAUCAAUUGCUGCUGCCCUGGGUGGGUUGGCACUUCUCUGGGUGCGCAGGCGGGUCAGCCACCCAAGUCUAUUGGUAAGUGCUGGAUUUGCUUUCUCGCAGACGUAUCACUGACCGGUUCAUUAGAAGACGGAGCAAAGAUCCCACUGCGGUUGGCGGUUGGUGAUAUUGGGCAGACUAGUGGGCGGUAUUGGGCGAAUGAUUCGGUGGCAAGUACGGACAAUGGGAAGAUCCAGAAUUUCUAG